AUGGCUCUCCUGGGAGACAGAAAUCACACUGUAGUGACAGAGUUCCUUUUACUCGGUUUGACUGAUGACCCAGUCCUUCAAGUCACCCUGUUUAUCAUCAUCCUGUGCAUCUACCUGGUGACACUGUCUGCAAACCUCUGCACAAUUUUGCUAAUCAGAGUCUAUCCUCAGCUCCAUCACCCCAUGUACUUUUUUCUGAGCCACUUGGCUUCUACUGACAUAGGUAUGUCAUCUUCUGUCACACCCAAUAUGCUUGUUAACUUCCUGGCAGAGAGGAAUACAAUCUCCUACCUUGGGUGUAUCAUCCAACUUGACUCAGCUGCUUUCUUUGGGACACUUGAGUGCUACCUUCUGGCUGUCAUGGCUUAUGAUCGCUUUGUGGCAAUCUGUAACCCACUGCUUUACUCAACCAAACUGUCCACUCAUGUCUGUGUUCAGUUGCUUAUAGGGGCUUACGUCGGUAGUUUUCUUAAUGCUUCCUCCUGUUCCCUUUCCUACUCUUAUUUUGUCUUCUGUGGACCAAACACAGUCAAUCAUUUUUUCUGUGACUUCCCACCUUUGGUUGAACUCUCCUGUUCUGAUGUCAGUGUCCCUACAAAUAUUACUUCAUUUUCUACUGGCACUGCUGCUCUGAUCACAGUGUUAAUCAUAGCUGUCUCCUACAUCUACAUCCUCAUCACCAUCCUAAAGAUGUCCUCCACUGAGGGCCGCCAGAAGGCCUUCUCCACCUGUACCUCCCACCUCACUACAGUCACUCUGUACUAUGGGACCACCACAUUCAUUUAUGUGAUGCCCAAGUCCACCUAUUCCACUGAACAGAACAAGGUGGUGUCUGUGUUCUACACUGUGGUGAUCCCCAUUUUGAAUCCCUUCAUCUACAGUCUGAGGAAUAAUGAGAUUAAGGAAGCUCUGAAGAGACAGCUUGGUAAGAAAAUAUUUUCAUAG